AUGGCUAAUCCACCUCAGGAUUUUGAGGUUCAGAUCGCUGCUGACGAGGAGCAAGAUGAUUCUCGUUCAGAGAUGGGGACUAGCAUUGCGUCCUCUAGUACUAGUCUGCGCAGCUCACUCCUAGACUAUCGCCGUGAGAAUGGUCGUACUUAUCAUCGAUACAAGGAUGGAAAAUAUCAGUUCCCGAACGAUGAACGCGAGCUUGAUAGACUUGAUUUGGUUAACCACCUAUGUCUUCUCACGAUGGAUGGCGAGCUUGGCAUCGCUCCACUCUGUCGAGAAGACGCCAAAGUUGGCCGCGUUCUUGAUGUCGGUACAGGCACGGGUAUCAUCUGGGCGGUUCAGUUUGGCGAUGACCACCCGGAGGCCGAUAUCUUGGGUAUCGACCUUUCUCCCACUCAGCCUAGCAGUGUGCCUCCUAAUGUGAGGUUCGAGGUCGAUGAUAUCGAAGACGAGUGGACAUUUUCACAACCCUUUCAAUACAUCCACAGCCGGUUCAUGACGUCUAGCAUCAGAGACUGGAGAAUUUUCUUACAAAGAUGCUACGAUAAUCUGGAGCCUGGUGGUUAUGUUGAGCUUCAGGAAACCGCUAUUUUUGCUCAAUCUGAUGAUGGAACCUUGAAGCCCGAACAUGCUUUAUCCGAUUGGUCCAAGUAUCUCAUGGAAGCGUCGAUCAAGCUUGGAGCAGCAUGGGUUGAUACGCCCGAGCUGAGGGGACUUAUGGUUGAGGUCGGUUUUGAAGAUGUGGCGCUAAGUACUUUCAAGUGGCCGACGAACCCUUGGCCGAAAGAAAAACACUUCAAAGAGCUGGGAGCAUGGAACAACGAAAAUUUCAUGACGGGGAUGGAGGCAAUCACGAUGGCACCCCUCACACGUGCCUUGAACUGGAGCCCCGAAGAGGUCAGAGUCUUUCUCAUGGAAGUCCGCAAGAACGGAAACGACCGAAAUAUCCACGCUUAUUGGCCCCAGCAUGUUCUCGUUGGGCGAAAACCGGUCAAAGAAAAGCAAGAGUCAGCACCAGCUCUGGGUCCGGCUUCGGGUGCAUCACCGGCUACAGCAUAG